AAUAUAACAUAAAAUUCAAUCUUUCCUUCCAUUCCUUUUGAGUUCUUUUCUAUUCUCUCUUGAAAACACCGAAAAGAAACGCAUUGCCAUUGCAAUCUCAAUUUCAUUCCCUCUAUCCUUGUUUGUCUCUCUAGGGCUAUAUUUUUAUGAUUCCGAAAUUAAAACCCAGAAUUCAAAAUCUAAAAUUUCUUUGAAAUUCCAACCCAGCUCAAAUCUUUCUUCAAAACCCCAUGAUUUUUUUGCCCCAGAUCAAAAUGGGUUCAAUUCAAAACGAUGACAUCACAAGCUAAUAAACGUCAAAAUUAUUCCACCGAAAACCCACAAAUUUUCAUUUUUUUUUUCUUUUUUGGUAAUUUAGAUUUAUGGCAUCAGCAAGGAAUCUAGUAGUUGAAAUAGCAGCAGGAAACGAGAGAGGGAAGGUGUUAACGAUGAGAGAUGAAGAGAAAGCUAAAGAGGACGAUUCACCCUCUGCUAAAAGGUCUAAAUUUGAGAGAUUUCCAUUGACAAGAUGGGAAUUAGCUGCUGCUCUUGGGGUCUUUUUAGUCUUUUCAACUGGUUUGUUUUGUAUCUACUUGACAAUGCCUGCUGCUGAUUAUGGCAAGCUCAAGUUGCCUCGUUCUAUUUCAGAUCUUCGCUUGCUCAAAGACAAUCUUGCAACAUAUGUGAGUGAAUAUCCAGCACAGUUCAUUCUGGGCUACUGCUCUACUUAUAUCUUCAUGCAGACCUUCAUGAUUCCUGGAACAAUUUUCAUGUCAUUACUAGCUGGAGCUCUUUUUGGCAUUGUUAGGGGACUCUUUUUAGUUGUCUUCAAUGCCACAGCUGGAGCGUCUUCCUGCUUUUUCUUGUCUAAGUUGAUUGGCAGGCCUCUAGUUAAUUGGUUGUGGCCUGAAAAAAUGAGAUUUUUUCAGGCAGAGAUUGCUAAGCGAAAGGAAAAACUGCUGAAUUACAUGCUCUUCUUGAGAGUAACUCCAACGUUGCCCAAUCUUUUUAUCAAUUUGGCAUCUCCAAUAGUGGACAUACCAUUUCAUAUUUUCUUUUUGGCUACUUUACUAGGUCUUAUUCCUGCUUCAUAUAUCACUGUCAAGAUCAUUUCUGGAAUAUUAUAUUUGAACUGCGACAUAUAUUCAUCAAUAUUGCACCGUUUGGCUGGCCUUGCUCUUGGGGAUCUCAAGUCAGUUAAGGAUCUAUAUGAUUUCAAAACUUUGUCUGUGCUCUUCCUUAUUGGAUCCAUUUCUAUAUUUCCUACCCUUUUAAAGAGAAAGCGGAUAUAUGAGUGAAGGUUGUAUUGGUGAGGCUCUCCCACCAAAGUUGGCUUAAUAGAGAUCUCUUGACUGUUUGCUUAGAGGAUCUGAAAAAUGCCGCUGGGCGGCACCCUUCUUUUUGCCACAAACACACAGCAGGACACCUGCUUCGCAUGUGAUACACAUGGAUUGAUUAAUUCUCCCCUAUGACAGAUAAAGAUACAAAAGUACAUGUUUCUUCUUUAUAAUCUUUUUUUUUUUUCAUGUAAUGUUGAUUCAAUGAUCUCCCAAUAUGGAUUAUGUAUACAGUUGGUAGCCAGCAAUGUUCUAUGAAGGUGUUGUAAUCCUUCGUGAUCUUUGAAAGAUUAAUGCGAGGUUGUAUUGCUGUUGAUUGUAACAACUAACUAAGGUAGCAUUGACAGAUUAUUGGCUUUCUGGUUUUGCUUA